AUGUCGGGCUCCAUUGAACAAGCUGCUAAACUCCAUAGUCGUCGAAUCAAUUUUGCACAUGUAUUUUUAAGAGAUCGUAAACUACAGUUUACAAUCUCUUAGUAUUUUUUUAUUAGAAUUACCACGAACUAACGUAGGGGAUGUGAAAAGUGAGCGCGCUAGAAUACAGGGAUAGUUACACUCCUUCUUAAAAACCAUCGAGAGUUUCUCAAGGUCGCCUUGAUGAGUUUGUUAGCUUUGUCAGAGCUGAAAUGCAGAGUCACUGUAUGGGGUGCUGCAAAUCUCUUAAAAAAUCUUUUGAAUGAAUCAUGCACCAUUACACCCACUUACCACCUUUUUUUUUUUUUUUUUUUUUUUUUUUUUUUUUUACAGAAAAAAUUGAGAGCAAAGGUUGUCCUCCUGAAAAGUACUCAGCCGGAAGUAUUGCUUAAAGCUUGUUAAAAACAGAUAAGCUCCAGAGAAAUGAAAAUGUAAUUUGUCUUUUUAUAACUUUUUCUACUUCGUGCGAUAUUUUAGCAUUUUCAAGCGGACUGUUGCUAUCAUAACAUAACCAAUUGUCCAAUAACGCGGAGUAUUUGUACUGGACUCGCGCGUUAUUUUCACUCUGGUUAGUAGCACUGUUCUUAUAUAAUUUUUUAUUUUGUGUUCAAUUUUGCGUUUUAAUUUGUUAAAAAUUUUUUAUGGAGUGCAAUUUUGAAAAUGUUUUCGUCGAUCGUAAGGGCUUCAGCUUAAUUUAUCUCGUUAACAUUGCGUGAUAAAUUGAAACUUGUUGGCUUAUUUCCAGGGUCAAUUACAAUAGUAAUUCAUUUAUCAAAUUAGAAAGUAAGGGUAUAAUAGGUUUGACACGAUAUUUUAGCAUUUUCAUGUGGACUGUUGCUAUCUUAACAUAACCAAUUGUCCAAUAUCGUGGACUAUUUGUACUCGACUCGCGCGUUAUUUAUACUCUAGUUAGUGCACUUGGGUCAUAAAUAUAUCUUAUUAGACGUUUUGAUUUGUAGUAUCGCUGAGUAUUUUUACGAGUUGUGCCGUAUUUUGACGAGCCUGUAAGCGAGUCAAAAUAAAAACGAGUAAAAAUAUUCUGUCAGCGAUACUACAAACCAAAACGUCUAAUAAGUCAUUUAUUAUCCAACUGCUAUUUUCUUCUGCUAAGUCAUUCUGUUCAUUUCUCAUAAGGCGGGAAAAGCAAAGCGGAUAGAGAAGCGUAGCGCGCACACCCGACUGGUUAAACAGGUUUUUUUUACAGUACAAAAUAACCAGCUGUCCAAAUAACCGUACAAUAUCGCAAGAUAUUUGCACUCUAUUCGUGUUUUAUUUGUACUCUACUAUGUGCAGUUGGAUAAUAACAACUUUUAUUUUACUUUUUGUUUGACUUUUUUUUUAACUGUGUCGUUUUUUUCAGUUAAGUAACAAAAUGAGUUGGACUGUGACCUGGUUCUUCGUCGUUGGUUUCUUAAUCGACGUUGCAUUUGUUGAUGCACAGUGCAAACAAGAGAGAAACAUAGCUGGAAUGGCUCUGCGGGGAUUUGUUUUCAAAAAGUUUUCUGUAUCAGCCAUCCACGAGUGUGACAUCAGCUGCGAAAGAGAAAUCAGAUGUCAGAGUUAUAACUACGUAGUUGGAGAAAAGUCCUGUGAACUGAACAACCGGACCAAAGAGGCAAAACCUGAAAAUUUUCAACCAGACCUCGCUCGGUUUUACCACAUACGUUUUUUUGACAGGGGUACGUAUCAAAUGUAAAGUCAAAUUGGAGUUCAUUUUAUAUGAUGAAUAAUCUGUUAUAAUUAAUGCCUGUGCUGUAUGACUAUUUUGGGUUUUCUCUCACAGCUCCUUUAGGAUCCGUACCAGAGAUACCCGCAGAGUCGUGUCGGGAAAUAAAGAUGAGUGAAGGCAAAGCAGUCAUAAGCAGCAAAUAUUGGUUGGAUCCAAAUAGGAGUGGAAAGGCCGCUUUACUUUACUGUGACAUGGAAAUGGAAGGUGUCUGCUCAAAACUGGUUUGAUGUAUUAAGAUUGUCUGUUCGUGCUUACUAAUGAUUGCAUUCCAUUUAAGAGUUCCAUUGAUUGAGACACUUUCAAUUACUACUUUCUGUUCAGAUAUCGAUGAAUGCGUCUCCGGCACUCAUGAAUGUGACGUAAAUGCCCAAUGUAUCAACACCGUUGGCUCUUAUAACUGCACGUGUAAAAAUGUAUAUUCUGGUGAUGGAAGAUCGUGUUCAGGUAUAAAAGUAACCUAAUUACAUGUACAAUUAUAAUCAUAUAAGUUGUUCUGAAGAGUGGCUCUUUCUGGGAAUUUCCACAAAGCUUAGUCAUUUAAUGCGGAUACUAGAGCUGUAUAAGGAAGCGCUUGGUUCAGUUCUCCGGAACAAUCUAUUUGGUAAUGCAAUUAUGAUUUCCGUUAUACCGUGACAAGGUGUAAGUUUCCAUUAUAUCGAACAUAGCGUGAGCCGCUUGCUUAACUUCUUCAAUCUUGGAGAUCUUAAUGUGUUUAACUCAGGUCUACAUAAAUUAAGACUUGUAUUUGUACAUAGCCCGCCCUAUUUUAUCUCAGCAAAGUUUAGCAAUACCUAGGGCUCCUGGUGACAAGGUCCGGGUGAAAGCUGCAUCCCUUGUCAUGGGUGUUUUUUAUUUGUUUCCUUGGAAAACUCAUUUCAUUUACUUUACAACACAGAGUAAAGUGUUAAUGGAUACCAGAGAGCUGUAGGGAAAAAAUUAACCUUUUUACUCCCAAGAUCUCAUAAAUAAUUCUCCUUACUGUCUCCCAUACAAUUCUUGCGAUGUUAGUUGGAAGAAUUUGGGUUUGGAUCGACUAAUAAUCCCCUAAUUUAUAGUUUUCUUUAUUCUCCUCACUUGUCUGCUUGAUAAUGUAUCGAUAUUGUAAGGAGAAAUUCUGUCUUGGUCACUCAUGCGAGUUAACGGGUUGAAGGUAGUCCAGAGCUACCUUACCCUGGACCUUUUAGCCAUCUAGGCGGAGUAAAUUUGCCUUCUUUUAAAUUUAGUCAUCUAGCCAUGCAUGUAUGUAUAACUUUCGUUUUCUUCUUUUCCUUUCAAGCCUAUAUAGAUUCUGUUAUCCUAACGGCAAGUAGCUCCUUCGUACAUGAUUUGCAGCAGUUCCUUGAGCCCGUUAUUAGUGAUAAUAAGACUAGCAACUGGACAAGAUGUUACCAUGCGCUGUCACAUGGAUGGAAUACAACUCAAUUUCACAGCAGAUGUGACAACAAAGGGCCAACUGUAACCAUCGCACAAGUCGGAGAAUAUGUUUUUGGAGCAUACAUCAGUGUAUCGUGGACGAGUAAGUAAAACGUUACUUACGUCAAUGAUAGGCAGCUUAACCUUAAUAUAAUGUUUUUUAACUCCUAGAUUUGAGAUGAUAAGAUUAUCAAGCACUCCUAAACCGAAACAAUUUAAGGAAACAGAUUUAUAAUUUUUCAUUGAUCCAUUGGAAACUUUAAGAAACUUAGAAAUUGUAUUUUUACCAAGCGUUAUCCAGUUUUAUUUUUCCUUUUUUCUUUUUAUAUAUUUUUCUUUUAUUUUUUUGCUGGAUAAUGAUGGUAUCAUUUAGGCUUUCACAGGAAUGCUGAAAUUUUCUCAAAUAGUGCGAUAUUUAGCAAAAUUUGGGAACUUGGCGGCUUCAGUUGUGUCAAGAGAAUAUAGGAUAUUCCUCUGGUAAUGGUCUGAUUUAAUCUCCUUAAAGAAUUAUAUCCCGUCAUGCAUUUCACUGAAAUCCAUCUCACUGUUUUAUUGCAUCACUGUAGGUUAUCCAUGUGUUCGCCGAGAAGAUAGAAAGGCGUUUCUCUUUUCACUCUACAACAUCAAUGGGCAUCAUCCAGUCAAUUUCACUGUGAAAUACAACAAUGCUAUAUACAGUUGUCACCAACAAUUGCCAAUCUUUGGAUAUGCGGCCGAUUUGUUUUUUAAACCUUUACCUCUGACCUCAUUUGCAAAACCUGACACCUAUCAAGUUCCUCCUGGCUGUUUUGAAGAACAGAAAUGCAAUUUCUAUACUGGCACAAUUGAUUUCCACUUAACAGAUAUGGAAGUAUUUAGUAGAACAAAGGAAGGCUAA